UCACAAGUUGGUGACGGACUAGAACUCCGAAAUCUCCCCCAUAAAAUUCUCUCCGCGUUCCCCUCUUUGGACUCACCACUCGCGUUACGAAAUCCGUCGCUCCCACCGUGGGCGAUCUCACCGGCGGCGUCGGGAUACACGAAAACCCUAACCCUCGCCUCCCCCGCCCGCGAUGUCGGCCGCCGCCGUCGCCCCGACCCCUGCCGCCGCGGCCUUCCAGGUGGCGCCCCCGCCGUCGUACCCGGCCGCCCCCGCCGCCGCCGCGACCGCCGAGGGCCACGACGACGACCUGUACGGCCGCCUCAAGUCGCUCCAGCGCGCCCUGGAGUUUAUCGAGAUCCAGGAGGACUGCGUCAAGGACGAGCUCAGGAACCUCCGGCGCGAGGAGCUGCACGCGAAGGAGGAGGUCAAGCGGUGCCGCGCGACGCCGCUCGAGAUCGGCCAGUUCAUGGAGAUGGUCGACGCCGACCACGGCAUCGUGGGGCCCACCAGCAGCGGCACCUACUACGUGCGGGUCCUCAGCACCAUCGACCGCGAGGAGCUCAAGCCCUCGGCGUCCGUCGCGCUGGACCGCCACUCCCACGCGCUCAUCGACGUGCUGCCGCCCGAGGCUGAUUCCAGCAUUUCGCUGCUCGGCUCGUCGGAGAAGCCCAACGUUACCUACAAUGAUAUUGGAGGAUGUGAUAUCCAGAAGCAAGAGAUCAGGGAAGCUGUUGAGCUACCCUUGACACACCAUGAAUUGUACAACCAAAUUGGUAUUGAUCCUCCAAGAGGUGUGCUAUUGUUUGGUCCUCCCGGUACUGGCAAGACCAUGCUUGCCAAAGCUGUGGCACAUCACACAACUGCUGCUUUUAUCAGAGUAGUUGGUUCGGAAUUUGUACAGAAGUACUUGGGUGAGGGCCCUAGGAUGGUUCGAGAUGUAUUCCGUUUGGCUAAGGAGAAUGCCCCUGCUAUCAUAUUCAUUGAUGAGGUUGAUGCAAUAGCCACUGCACGUUUUGAUGCUCAGACUGGUGCUGAUCGAGAAGUUCAGCGUAUUCUUAUGGAGCUACUCAAUCAGAUGGAUGGAUUUGAUCAAACAGUAAAUGUGAAGGUUAUAAUGGCAACUAACCGGGCAGAUACUCUAGAUCCUGCUCUGCUGCGUCCAGGUAGACUUGACAGAAAAAUUGAGUUCCCUGUUCCUGACCGACGGCAGAAGAGGCUUGUGUUCCAAGUCUGUACUGCCAAGAUGAACUUGAGUGAUGAGGUUGAUUUGGAAGAUUUUAUUUCCAGACCGGAUAAGAUCAGUGCUGCAGAUAUCGCUGCUAUAUGUCAAGAAGCUGGGAUGCAUGCUGUCCGCAAGAACCGGUAUGUCAUCCUCCAAAAGGACCUUGAGAAGGGCUACCGGACCAACGUGAAGAAGCCUGAGACGGACUUUGACUUUUAUAAGUGAAAAAAGCAUGAAUGUUAGAAAUGCAGUCGUUGACUAAUUGCUCCAUAGUACACGACUUCUGCCAUUUGUACUGACAAGCUUGGACAUGCCAUGUCGGACUCAUACUAGGUAGUAGUAAGCGACAAUGACUUCAAUUCAAACGGGCGUGAUGCCCUGAUGCCUUCUGCCGCCUGCUGGUGUGACAAAUCCACCGAACCUUAGAUUACAUAGAUGAUAUAUAGGUCAGUCGUGUGGAUUUUGUACUACCAGCAGUUUUCUGAUAAUCGAGUCUGGCACUUGUCCUCCCUCUCUAAAGUUGAAGUGGCCACCCUUUUUUUUUUAUGCUCGCA